UGCAGCUCAGUUAGGUAGCUUCCAGAAAACACCAAUCUUCUUAAAUCACUCAACAUUUUCAAGUGAUCUCCAGCAUUCAAACCAAAGUGAUGGCCCCAGAAGUUCCUGUAGAUGUCUUCUCGGGCAGUGGCAAGAUUUCUACGUUGAACAAGGGCUAUUCAAAAAGAGCCUACGUGACAUUUUUAGCCGGCAAUGGCGAUUAUGUUAAAGGAGUGGUUGGGUUGGCUAAGGGUUUGCGCAAGGUGAAAAGUGCAUACCCUCUAGUUGUUGCAAUUUUGCCCGAUGUCCCCGAUGAGCACCGUCAGAUCCUAAGGUCUCAGGGCUGCAUCGUUCAAGAAAUCGAGCCUAUUUACCCCCCAGAAAAUCAGAUUCAAUUUGCCAUGGCCUACUAUGUCAUCAACUAUUCCAAGCUCCGCAUAUGGAAUUUCGAGGAGUACAGCAAGAUGAUAUACUUGGAUGCUGAUAUUCAAGUGUUCGAGAAUAUUGACAAUCUUUUCGACACGGCAGACGGGUAUUUCUACGCUGUAAUGGACUGCUUCUGUGAGAAGACAUGGAGCAACUCACCCCAAUACUCCAUUGGCUACUGCCAGCAGUGCCCAGAUAAAGUUAAAUGGCCUGCCGAGAUGGGAUCUCCUCCUUCUCUGUACUUCAAUGCUGGAAUGUUUGUGUUCGAGCCUAGCCGUUUAACCUAUGAAAGUCUUUUUGAGACUCUCCAAAUCAUUCCACCAACACCAUUUGCUGAGCAAGAUUUCUUGAACAUGUUCUUCCAAAAGAUUUACAAACCAAUUCCCUUGGCCUACAACUUGGUUCUCGCGAUGAUUUGGCGCCACCCAGAGAAUGUGGAGCUUGAGAAAGUAAAGGUGGUGCAUUAUUGCGCUGCUGGUUCAAAGCCCUGGAGGUACACUGGAAAGGAAGUUAAUAUGGACAGAGAAGACAUAAAGAUGUUAGUGGAAAAAUGGUGGGAUAUUUAUAACGAUGAGUCCCUUGAUUUCAAGGCAGAAGAUCAUGCUCCAGAAGAAGAGACAUUUUCGAGAACAUCCAUCAUGUCUACUAUGCCAAAAUCUGCCAUUUCUUACAUUCCGGCUCCCUCCGCCGCUUGAAAAGUCGUUUAUGUAUUACUAGCAGAUAUAUUAUACACUUUAUUAGGCCGGUCGGCCUUUCUUUGCUGUGACUUGCGAGAGUUCAUAAAGUACCUUAUGAUAUGACUCUUAGUAAUGAGUCUGAUCUAAUUUUCUUGGAUGCAUGUCUUCCAGACUGUAUGAAUUUUGUCUAAUAUAUUAUGUACUUACAAAUAUAUAUAAUGAUCUUAUCUUUGCUUGCUAUUAAA